AUGUCAGUGGAGCAAGCAAUAGAUCUAAUAAGAGUUAUAGUACAUAAAGACAAAUAUUUUAAAAUAAAUAUACAACAUGUGAACAUAAUUGACGCUUACAACAGAGUAUUGGCCGUUGAUGUAUUCAAUAAGACAGAUUGUCCAUCUUAUACGACUUCCGCUAAACAUGGAUACGCAAUGUUUACCAGCAACGGGACCUGCGGAAAGGACGUAAGAAAAGUGUUAAAAGCACAUCCCGUGUUUGCAGACAUUUCUGUUGUACCUGGCAUUUGCGUACGAGUAAGAAGUGGAGAUCCUAUACCAAAAGGAGCAAAUACGGUUGUAACGCCAGAGAAUAUAAAGAUAUUGGACUGCAACGAUAAUGAUGAUUAUUUUAAUAUCGACGAUAAGGAAUAUGAAAUUGAAAUCUUGGUCGCCCCAAAAGUAAACGAGAAUAUUAGAAACGCUGGGUACUUGAUAAAACGUAACGAACACGUUAUGAAACCCUUCAAACGUAUCGGAUCAUUGGAACUGGGCAUUUUGAAGUUAUGUGACCUUAAUACAGUUCCAGUCAUCAAAGUUUUUUCUAUAGGUGUAUUCUCUAUUGGAAGCAGUGUUGAAGAAUCUGAAAACACUUUAGGACGUAUCUACAAAAGCAACAGAAUAAUUUUAACCUCUUUAUUGAAAGAGAACGGUUACAAUCUCACGGACUUUGGAAUUUCGGCUUAUCAAUUGGAUGCCAUAAUAAAAAAAAUUGAAGAUGCUUUGGAUAAAGUCGACAUACUCGUGAUAAUGGGCUCUAUGAACGACAAAGAUAUAUUAAAGAUAAUCUUAAAAGAACGUUUUCAUGCUGAUAUACAUUUUGGUUGUUUGAACAUGAAACCAGGAAAAUCGACGAUGUUUGCAUCGUGCACGUACAAUUAUAAGAGUAAAUUUUUCCUGUGCAUGUCAACGAACCCAGCAACAGUUCCCAUUGUCGCGCACGUAGUGCUUCUGCCAUUGCUAAACACGAUACACCGCGAUCGUUCCAAGCCCAUCAUUAUACAGACUUGCGUAAGAAAGGCGCAUAAAUUUUCUUUAUGCAUACGUUUCUGUAGCUAUGCAAGUUUGUCUGAAUGGAUCAUAAAGACUACAUUUUUUUUCAAUCAGUAUACAGAAAGAGAUGUGUUCAUUAAUACGCUGUCGUAAUGUUAUAGACAAAAAAUCAUGAGCUACAUUUGCGUCCGAAAUUUUCAUGGACGACCGCCCAAUGGAUGAAGG